AUGGGCUUCUUGAAGCUGCUGUCCACCGCAGCGCAAAUACUCUCCUUCGCUAAGUAUCGUGAGAGAAGCUUACAUAUACCUUCUUCCACCGUCACCGACGCCUCGAGGGUUCAGUAUCUUGACAAACCCUCGCAGAGGUGCUUGCAAGAUGUUCUCCGGGAGAGAGCAGAGUCACUCCCGGAGAAAAACUUGCAAUUCUACCCCCUAGGCGGUACCUCGUCGCCUCCUAAACAGAUAGCGCUACCGGACAAGCUGUUGAGCCUUGCCAACCCGGUCACCUUGAGAUCCGCGGCACCGGUCUUCAAAGGUUACUAUCGAAACUUGGCUGCUACCGCUGAAGCCUUUACUUCUGACGGUUGGUUUCGAACGGGUGAUGAGGGAAGUAUAGACGCCAAGGGGAAUCUGAGUCUCAUAGGUCGGGUCAAGGACGUCAUAAACAUCAACGGAGUCAAGAUUGUAACCGCCGAUAUACAGGCGUCUCUAGAGGCAGCGCUGAGCACAUAUGCCCUCCGUGUUGUGAGCUUUCCUUCACGGGCCCCCAGCGCUGCCACGGAGCAAAUCACCAUCGCGUACAUACCCAAUAAACCCAUAGACGUUGAGAGCGUGGUCGAAAUCGAUAGGCUAGCAGCUCAAGCUUGCAGCCUGGUCACUACAGCGUGUCGACCUGUUAUCUUCGGCGUAGGAUCGAAUACUCUCCCCUUGCUUCCUUUAACCACGCUGGGAAAGAUUUCAGGAGCCAAGAUGCGGGCUCUUUUUGAAGCAGGCGUGUUUGAAAAGGACGUCAUACGUCACCGUGAGAUUAUAGAUAAAUCAAGGCGGCAGAGAGAAGUGUCUUGGACGGGCGAACCGCUCAGUGAGACAGAGACUCUGCUACGCGCAGACAUUGCAGACAUUAAGGGAAUGACGCAUAUCGAGGAAGUCGGCAUCGAGACGAACUUCUUCCAGUUUGGCUUCACAUCCAUGGACUUUAUACGACUAAAGCACCGGCUAGACACCCGCCUCGGUAUCACCGUGGCUACGAUUGUGUUCCUAAAGCACCCGACAGUACGGUCUUUGGCCGGAGUUUUGGACAAACAAAAAGCAGUUCCGCCUGAUGAUGCACUAUCCGAUGCUCUCCCUGCUUUCAGCGGUCCCGAGAACGCAGCCGAAGACGGAGGCAAAGACAUCGACUCCAUUGGUCGAUUUGUAACGCCGCUGUGGCUUGUCCAUCCCGGUGUCGGCGAGGUCCUCGUCUUCGUGGGGCUUGCCCAACAUAUGAACGCUGACGACCGCCCGAUAUAUGCACUCCGUGCACGGGGGUUCGAGCCCGGUCAACCCCGGUUUGCAGAUAUCAACGAAGCAGUCACGACGUAUGUAGCGGCGGUACGCCAGAAGCAGCCACAUGGACCGUACGCGAUCGCAGGGUACAGCUACGGCACGAUGCUCGCGUUUGAGAUGGCCAAGAGGCUCGAAGCCGACGGGUCAGGAGAAGCAGUAGGCUUCUUGGGGAGUUUCAACCUCCCGCCUCACAUCAAGAUGCGGAUGCGGCAGCUCAGCUGGAAUAUGUGUCUGCUACACCUGACGCAAUUCCUAGGUCUCGUCACCGCCACCUUUGCCGACGAGGAGUCCGCAGCGCCCAGCGAUUCCCCAUACCGCAGGGCAACCCGCAGCGAAGCUCUCGCCUGGAUCCUCGAGGCCGUCGAAGCGUCGCGGAUGCGCGAUCUCGGUCUUGGGGAGCGCGAGCUAGCGCGCUGGGCAGACGUGGCGCACGGGCUGCAGAGCAUGGCCGUCGACUACGAGCCGUCGGGAUUCGUGCCGUCCAUCGACAUCUUCCACGCGGAGCCCCUAAAGGUAGCCGCGCCAUCGCGCGAGGCAUGGGUGAAGGAGCACCUGAGCAGGUGGAAAGACUUCAGUCGAAGCGAACCUCGGUUCCACGAGGUUGGUGGCGCUCACUACACCAUGAUUGGGCCCGAGUAUGUAGCCAGUUUUUCGGAGAAGUUACAGGCCGCCUUGAAUUCAAGGGGUAUAUAA